AUGGCUUUCUUAAUCAAGAGCAUGAUCGGCAACCCCUUGUCGGGAAUGGGCCUGGGCGGCGGAGGAGACAAGGAGGAAGAGGCCACCCCUUCGGACCCGGCUAAAGCGGCAGGAAUGACGCGCGAGGAGUAUGAGGAGUACCAGAAACAGUUGGUGGAGGAGAAGAUGGAAAGAGAUGCCGAUUUCUUGCACAAGAAGGCAGAGAGGGCAACAUUGAGGGUUUGCCUCAGAGAAAAGUACAGGCUACCAAAGAGCGAGCAGGACGAGAACAUGAUCGAGAUGGCCGGCGACGACGUGGACGUGCCCGAGGACCUCCUCAAAAUGGUGGACGAGGACGCCACCGAGGAGGAGGGCAAGGACUCCCUCAUGGGCCAGAUUCAGAACUUGCAGAACAUGGACAUGGACCAGCUGAAGGAGAAGGCGUCGGCCACCGUCACCGAGAUGAAGACCAAAGCCGAGGAGAAGUGCGCCGUCAUGUGA